GCUGCUGGUUCAGAUUGUGGUUUGUCAGUAGUCGAUGUCGAUCGUCAAGCAAGUGUGUGGUGUGACAGGCCAUUAAGGUUGCGGGGUAAAGAAGAUGGUCUUUUGAAUUCUGAUUCUGAUCCGACUCUCUCUCUCUCUCUCACUCCCUCCUCGGCCCCCUGCAUCCUUUUUUUUCUAGUCUUCAGCACUUGGUGGCAGCCAGCUGGAUCCUCAAGCCAGGUAUUAUUGACCAUGUCCCAUCAGCAGCAUCCUCCUCAGUCGGAUUCCUCAUCCCAGGAUACUCUCAAGCCAACAGCUCAUGACCAAUCGUCCCCACCCUUAUCAGCACGAUCGCGAUCUUGUUUUAACAGUCGACUCCCGAUCCAGACCAAUACUCCCUCCCACUCUCCCUCUGCUCCAGUCUCCCCUUGCCCUUCCAUAGCCUCAACCACCUUCUUCCCAACUCAACAGCAACAGCAACAGCAACAGCAGCAGCAUCAGCAUCAGCAUCAGCAUCAGCAACAGCAUCAGCAUUCAGACUCACCAAUAUCAGCCAGCCUCCACUUCAACUGCUCAAACCCUUUUCCUCAACCCCAGAACCACUUCCGACCAUUUCCUGUCCGUCCUACCGUCUCACCCAUCCAGUCACCACACUCGACCCGUCCUGCACUCGCCAACCUCAAUCGCCACACACCCCCGCCAGCCUCCCCUCACCUACUCCAGCCGGCACCCAUCCAGGCCACCUCACUGCCUCCCGAUCAUCCCCACCACUUCAGCCCCACCCCCAACGUUUAUCAUCACUCAAACUCAAACUCACCCUCCUCCCCUCAACCCUCCAAACCUCACUCCUGCCAUCUCCAACCCGCCCUCGAAUCCUAUCUCGCAAACUCUCCCCAGCUCGUCUUUAUCAUACCUGCCCAUCCAAUCUACAAGGCUCUCUGUAGGCGUCGUCAGGUCGGCCUCCCCGAAGACCCAGACGAGCAUGCCCAGUUCCCGAUCUACGAUGGCGGCACCGUCAACAUGGCUACCCCUACCUCUACUCAGAAAAUCGUCUUCCCUCAUCUCUCCCCCCUCGAGGCCGACUCUGGUUGCGACUAUAACCUCUCCGAACUCCUCUCACCGGUCUACGUCAACCCUGCUGCCGAACAACUCGCUCAUCAGAUCCUAGAGAGAACCAAACAGUCCAUCCACUCAUCAGAUUCACCCAAGAACUGGUACUGGGACAUCAUGAAACUACUCCAUCAUCACGACCUAUCCAGGUGGCUGGACUGGCUACGUGGGAUCCUCAACCAGAACCAGCAACUCCUUCGGUCGAGCUUCAAAACUACCCUCAAGACAUCAUCCCACUUCAGAGCUCCCAUCUCCCCCGGUCAACGUCGCAAGAGGCUCAAUCGUGACCCUCAAUCCUCUGAUCUGCCCAACGAAUCUUCUCCCACACUUAACUCAGUCUCCACUCCCGCACCAGAAAUCAUCAUGACCGCCCAACUCAUUAACACCGACCCUCUUGCUGCUAUUGAUCCUUCAGCCGCCACCUCUGAUCAAACAAUUACCAGUCACCACAAAAUCCUCUUCUCUGCUAUCGUUCUGCGUCAUCCAUCCCUACCCAUCCACCCUGGCCAUGUCAGAGAAACAGCUGGCCGGAAUCUCCAAACCGCCGAUCAGCAUUCUUCUAUCCUCACAAGCCCUGCUCAGGAUGAUCAAUCAAAUCCUGAUCUGCUCAAUAAUAGCACUUCUCCCUCUAAACCUCCAUCCUUAGAAGCCAUCCGACCCAAACGAAUCAAGACAUCAGCAGCUGAUAGCUCUUUUCAUCCUACCAUUGCAAAUCGUCAGGAAUUUGGCUCCCCUCUCACCAACACUCUCAACCAAAACUCCAUGGGCCAGGAGAACUAUCUGAGUACUCAUGCUCAACCCAGUCAAAUUCCACCCAAAGUUACCUGGUUAGACGAAAACAAUGCCAAGCGUCUGUUUCUGAAAUCUAGUCGCCGUCCAUCUAGGCCAAACGCCGCACGCGGCUUCACCGUUGGCACUUCAACUCUCUCCGUCCCCGCUUAUUCUCGUCGAGUAAGCGUCCCCAGUCGCAGUGGAUUAUCACAUGAAUCACAUGAUGAAGAGAACGCUCAAGCAGUCACGACUAGCGAGCCAAACCAUAGCCCCACCAACUUGGAUAAGAUGGUCCUAGAUGAUCCCUGGUUUCGGGAAUUAUCAGAUUCUAACCUGGACACUGGCUCAUUAACUCAAAGCACCAUUCCAGUCACACAAAGCUUACUGACUGCUGCCGCUUGUCGAACUGAUAACGAGAAUUUUGAUGAGCUGAUGAGUUCGAAAGAAGAGCCCUCUCGCCCAUCUUUUGUCGGCCAAAGUUCCCUGCUCACCCACCAGAAUGAGCUCAAGGGUGAUCUAUCGUCGAUCCAGGAGGAAUAUACCGAUCAAGAUUGGAUGGGCGAUGUGGACUCUGAAGCGCUGAACAGUCAAUCCAAAUCAGCCAUCUCCUCGGGAUGCUCGAGUCGAUCCCAAUCUUAUUCUUCCAACUCCUCCCUUAGCACCUGUCAUCCUCGAGAGACUGGCGAUAGUCUUUUUCGACAAGCGUUGAUGGCCUCUUCCACCGGACAGCUAAUACUCGAGCUGGAUUGGCAAAAUACUCCCAUCGGACCCAUUGAAACUUGGAGCCCUACUCUCAGAUCAAUGGUCACCCUUAUCUUGGCAUCUCCGUAUAGAAUGAGUCUGCUGUGGGGAGAUGAAUGUGUAAUGCUUUACAAUGAUGCUUACGUCAGGACGUGUGGUCUCAAACAUCCAAGCCUAUUAGGCCAGAGCGGUGCACAUGGAUGGGCUGAGCUUUGGGCCGACUUGGGAGACAUUGCAGAUUCUGUCCUCCAGGGCGAUGUGUAUACGGUCUAUGACAGUCUCUUGUUCUUCGAUCGAGAUCCCGAUAAUCCGAACGGCAUCAGGAAGGAGGAAUCUUAUCAUUCUUUCAGGACCACCCUGAGGGUCAUCGCAGAGCGCCGUCUCGGUAGUUUACGCGACUUGGUCCAGAUAACGCUGAUGUCAAGAACUCGAAUUUCUUAUCAGGAGAGAUGUUUGGAAAGCUUGGCUAAAAACCCUUAUGAUUUACCCUUUGUGAUUAUGUACUCCUGCGAAAGCAAGAAAAACGGUCGGAAAGGUCCGGCAUCAGCUGACGAAAGUGUAUCGGAGGCUUCGGGUUGUUGGAUUAAUUUACAACUGAGACUGGCCGGAACGGUUGGCGUUCCUAAGGGACACCCAUCGGCUGCUGAGCAAAUCCAGUUCAACAUUCAAAUCCAUGGUUCCAGCUCUCAAUGUGGAGGGAGUGCUCAUAGCUCGUCGACCCCAGGGCAUUCCGCCGACAACAAGUCCAGCUCCCCCUCGUCGGUCGGAUCCCAGAUAACUAUGCAUACCGAAGUUACGGACGAUGACAAUGUGGUUUGGCCUCUACGAGAAGCUUGCACCUUCCGCAAGCCGAUCUACAUAGCUCAGUUGGGAGAUCGCGCAAAAGGAUUUGAGACCCGAGGAUGGCCUGAUCAAACACGGUCGGCUGUAGUGAUGCCAGUGAGUACUAGCGAGGAUUCAGCACCCUUGGGGGUCAUCGUCUUCGGCCUCUCUCCUCGGUUGAACUGGACCGAAGCAUACGCACUCUUUCUGAACCUGUUGACUCGACAAUUCUCGACUGGCUUGUCGACCGUCAUUGGCCAUGAGGAGGAGGCUCAACGCUUGGAGGACUUGGCUGCAUUGGAUCGGGCAAAGACUACAUUCUUUACGAAUAUCUCUCAUGAGUUACGAACGCCGUUGACCUUGAUCGUUGGACCGAUAUCAAUGAUUCUAGAAUCUUCUGAUAUCAGUCCCGCUGCUCGAGAGCGAUUGAAAGUCGUCGAGCGCAACACCCAGCGGUUAAUCAAUCUGGUCAAUCAGCUCUUGGAUCUUUCCCGCUUCGAAGCUGGAAAAAUGGUCGCUCGAUUUAGAGGAACGGAUGUUUCAAAGAUGACGGCCAAUUUGGCCGCGUUAUUCAGGAGUGCUAUGCAUAAAAAUCAACUCAACUUCAUUGUCGACUGUCCCGAUACUACUCGGCGCGUCUGGGUCGAUCACGACUUCUUUGAGAAAGUCGUAUUCAACAUUCUUUCCAACAGCAUGAAAUUUACUCCCAAAGGUGGCCAAGUCAAGUUGGAAGUGCGAUAUGAUUCCAACAAUUGUUAUUUGAUUUGCUCUGAUAGUGGAAGGGGCAUCAAGCCGGAAGAGCUACCGAGGAUAUUCGAGAGAUUCCAUCGAGCUGAAGAAUCUCAAGGGGCUGAGGGUACUGGGAUCGGUUUGGCUUUGGUCCAAGACAUCAUUAAAUUACACUGCGGUAUGCUGGAUGUCGAGAGUCACGUUGGCCGGGGAUCCAAAUUUACGAUCACUUUUCGUCUUGGGACGGCUCAUCUUCCCCCCGACUCUCUCGAUCUUUCGACCGAGAGCGAAAUCGAUGAAUUUAAUGAUCGGGUGAUCGCCUCCAAUGCCAGACGUUGGAUCUUGGGAGAGGCAGAACCCAUUCGAACCCUACUGCUCGACUUGUCUCCCAGUAACUCGGAAACCUCUUCAUCACGUGGCUCCGCUGAGCUACCUCUGGCUACUAUCAAUGAGGGCGUCCUCUCCACGGCGGGUUCGACGGUUCUGAUCGCCGAUGAUAAUUCGGAUAUGCGUGCAUUCCUGAAAAGUGUCUUGAGCCGUUAUUAUAACGUUGUAGAAGCCGUAGAUGGCCAACAAGCUUACCAAUUAGCCAAGCUCAAUCGACCUGACAUCUUGGUUUCAGAUGUGAUGAUGCCCGGGAUGGAUGGAUUUGAACUUCUCCGGCGGUUGAAGGCUGAUAGCGAUACAGCAGGGAUGUCAGUCAUCUUACUCUCGGCGCGAGCUGGGUCUGAAAGUCGAAUCGAAGGUCUUGCAGAAGGUGCGGACGAUUAUCUGGUGAAACCAUUUGAAGCUAAGGAACUAGUGGCUCGAGUGAACACUCAUCUUCAGAUUGCAAAGAUGCGUCAAAGACUGGAGGGGGCUGUCGCCACUCGUACCCAACUACUGAGAGAAAACGAACAGAAGUAUCGGGACUUGUAUCAUACAUUUGAAGUGAUCUCUAUGCUCAGUCCAGUCGGCAUCUUCCAAUUGAGUCCGAACGGUCAGAUCACCUUCGCCAACAACGCCUUUCACUCUCAGUGCAAAUUGACUCAAGGUGAACCGUUGAGCCUGUGGAUGAACUGUAUCCAUUCACUAGAUAGAAAGCAGAUCGAGGAAACGUUUGAGCUAUCGAUUCGAUCACGACAGCCGAUCAAAGGGGAAUUCAGAUGGAGAGACGGGUCCUGGUGCUUUUAUGAACUGACGCCUUACUAUAAAGAAGACGAUGGGUUUGAAGGAUAUCUUGGCUCAACCACCGACGUGACAGAGCGGAAGGAGUCUGAACAAAAGCAACUUGAAGCUGCCGAGGCUCGUGCUCGAGAUGCUGAGGAAAGCAAGCGUCAACAAGAAGCGUUCAUUGAUAUGACGUCCCAUGAGAUUCGCAAUCCGUUACAUGGAAUCCAUCAAGCGGCUGAACUUCUCUACUCCUCCUUGAAACUCUUACAUGGAGUAGUCGAAAACAGCCAUCAGAUCAGUGGCCCCGAUCUGGUGCAAUUCCGGAAUGAAAUCCGAGAAGAUAUCGAUGCGAUCGAAAGCAUUCAACUAUGUGCUUCUCAUCAGUCGAGGAUAGCAGACGAUAUUAUCAAUGUUUCUAAACUCAGUAUGGGUCUACUGACAACUAUCAAGACUGAUUUCGAUUUGGUGGGUAGGGUGCGUGAGGUGCUUUCGAUGUAUCUUAUUGAGGCUCAGCAGAAAUCGGUUGAUCUGAAGCUUCAGAUCGGCGAGGGCUUAGAGAUCACCCAUUACAUUUGUGCCGAUCCAAACAGACUGGCACAAGUGAUCAUUAACUUUCUUUCAAAUGCCUUGCGAUAUACCUCGAAUAGCGAAGGCCCCAGGAGUGUGACGGUCAGAGUUGACGUGUUCACGAAAUGUCCCGAGCCUCGGCCGCACGUUCGAAGGAUAGGCUCUUUAAGAGCUGAGGUCGAUGCAGUAGCCCCAGAAGACUUGGUGUAUGCGAAAGUCAGUGUCCAGGACACUGCAAGAGGCUUAUCACCGGAAGAGCUAUCCAAGCUGUUUUCUCGAUUCGUUCAAGCCAAUCCUACUCAGGAUCAAUAUGGCGGCAGCGGCUUGGGAUUGUACGUCUCCCAUCGAUUGAUCGAAAACCAUGGGGGCUUCAUAGAGGUGAUGUCGACGAAAGGACAAGGUUCGGUCUUCUCGUUUGUGAUUCCGACGAAACGGAGCGUCAGACCACCGAUCACGAGCAGUACGAGUUACAGCCAUGGUGGGAAGCGUGGCUUUACCCGAGCGAUCAAUGAGGAGGAGGUGGUCGAGAUGCAGCCCGCCUCGGCGCUCUUGCCAGGCGGGGCAAUCGCAGCCGGAGGCGGGAUCAAUAGUCGGCUACCAAGCCCGGAUAUCCAUUCUAGUCCGGUCGCCGAGUGUGCUCUGCCAGGCCCAGAGAACAUCACUUCCCCACUGGUCAGCGCUGAGAAACCGAUGCUGAGAGAAUGCACGAGUUCCGAUUCGUUCGCCGCGCUUCAGCCACGCGAACCUGGCUCACAGCAGACCCAUGUCUUAGUGGUCGAGGACAACACCAUCAAUGUCAAGGUAAUCAAGCGCCAGCUCACCCUCAAAGGCUACAUGGUCUCUGUCGCCAUGGAUGGUAGAGAGGCGCUCAACAGAUUGUAUGCCGACGCGUCAGAGACCUCCGAAUUGCCGCCGAUCGACAUCGUCUUGAUGGACAUCCAAAUGCCUGUUAUGAAUGGGUUGGAGGCUAUCACUCAUUUGAGAGCGGCAGAAAAGACCGGCGAAAUCAAGAAACGAUAUCCGGUGAUCGCUGUGACUGGGAAUGCCCGGAAGGAACAGACGGAACAGUGUCUGGCUAGUGGGUUCGAUAGUAUCUGCGUCAAGCCUUAUAAGAUCGAUGACGUCCAGAGUCGGAUGGAAGCUUUGCUUGCUAACUUGGAACUUAAUGAUACUUAA